AUGUCUUUAGAAACAAGGUUAAAACCAUUAGUUGAAGCAAUUCAAAAUAAGAAAAAGGUUACAUUCUUUAAUGGUGCUGGUAUUAGUACUUCUUGUGGUAUUCCUGACUUUAGAUCACCUGAAACUGGUUUAUAUGCAAAUUUAGCAAAAUUAAAUUUACCCUUCGCUGAAGCAGUUUUCGAUAUUGAUUAUUUUAAAAAAAAUCCAAAACCAUUUUAUACAUUGGCUGAAGAAUUAUAUCCUGGAAACUAUCAACCUAGUAAAUUUCACUACCUUAUUAGAUUGAUACAAGAUAAACAAUUGUUAAAAAGAGUAUAUACUCAAAAUAUAGACACGUUGGAGAGAUUAGCUGGUGUUAGAGAUGAAUAUAUAGUUGAAGCUCAUGGAUCAUUUGCUAAAAAUCAUUGUAUUGAAUGUCAUAAAGAAAUGGAUAUGGAAGCUUUGAAGUCUCAUAUGAGAACUGGUAUUCCAACUUGUCAUUGUUCUGGUUAUGUUAAACCUGAUAUUGUAUUUUUUGGAGAGGGUUUGCCUAAUAGGUUCUUUGAUAUGUGGGAUGAAGAUUGUGAUGAUGUUGAAAUCGCAAUUAUUGCUGGUAGUUCAUUAACUGUAUUUCCAUUUGCUUCAUUACCUAGUGAAGUUAAUUCAAAAUGUUUGCGAAUAUUAAUUAAUAGGGAAAUAGUUGGUGAUUUUAAAAAAGGCAGAAAGUCAGAUAUAUUAGCAAUUGAUGAUUGUGAUAUUGUAGCUGAAACAAUAGCUGAUUUAUUAGGUUGGUCGAAGGAAUUGAAUGAAUUAUAUGAAACUGAAAAGAAGAAAUUUGGUAAACAUGAAACUAAAGAAGAGAAAGCAGUUGAAAUCAAAGAUAAAUUACAACAAGAACUAACAAAGGAAUCUGCCAAAUUAAACGAUGAAAAUGAAUUGGAAAAUUUAAUUGAUAAAUUGAAAAUCUGA